AUGGAUCAAGAAGAAGAGCAACCACAACAACCACAACAGCAACAACAGCAGCAACAUGGCACCACCACCACCACCACAACCACAACGAUCGAACACAAUAAUAGAUCGAAUAUCAAUCAAUUGUAUCAAGAAGUGAAUGAAUUACUUGGAGGAUUUUGUUCGGAUGCUCAGCAACAAUUUUGUAUUGAACAACACAUUGGGAGCCCUAUGCAGUUGCGGCGUAUUUCCCAAACGAUGCAACAGGUGCUGCGUUUUAUUCCCGUCAUUGGUCUUGUGGACAGCGCCAACAGCGACAGCUUACGACGUACCCUUUUAAGAACAGCGCUCGAGAUCACCGGUUGCCUGGACACGGCAUGUCGACAACGCCACAUUGCGCCUUUGACAGAAGCGAAAAUUGAGCAGCUGCUUGACAAGUGGCAUGAGUUGAGUCGAGGGUACGAUGACAAGAGUCGAGAGCAUGGCAAGCUGACUGAAUUACUGGGCACUGUGGGACAAUUGAAAAAGGCGUGGCGACGAGUGGAUCAAGUGGAUGGUGUCUUGACUUCGAUAUUGGCAUCGUAUGGUAGCGUUGAGACACGGCGAGCAGCAGGGUUAUAUGUGGCCAUGGUGGAUAAACAAAACUAUGCGCAAUUGGGAUUGAGUCGUAAGGCUGUGGGUCGACGCCAUAUCGUCUUUGAAUGCACGCGCCUCACACGCGAUCAACAAAUCGAUGCAGUAACCGAUAUCUGUCGUCGCUUUGGCGCGGUCUUUAUGCACAAUGCCCGACACAACCUGCAGCAGAUCGACGCCCAACUAAGCCUCGCACGUCCUACAACACUUGCACAUCGACUACGACAACUCCAUUCAAUGAUCUAUCAUGAUCCCAAUAACAAUCAACAACAACAACAUCCACCAAGAAGACGUGUUCUUAGCCAUGGUGAUGCUUCAGCUACUACUACCACAAUAACGCCCUUUCGUCUCACAUCCCCUGUUACUACGCCAUCCUUUAUAUGGUAUCCACGCGAUAAUGGCAAUGAUGACUUUCCUGUUGCAUCCAUGCCUGAACCAUCUUUUGUUCCUGCACCUUGGCAAUGGACGGAUCUUAUCAAGCCUCGUAUUCCUUUUAAACCUCUUUUGUUUGGUUUAUUUCGUCGUCCUCGUCGUUCCCAUCAUCAUCAUCGUCAUCGUCAUGAACAACAAGAACCAACACCACAACAACAAGAACAAGCCGACAUUGAUAGCCAGGAGGUUGAGCCUUCUGUGCAACCCACGGACCAUGACAACAACAAUCAUCACUUGAAGAAUGCACCUUUUGCCACUGUCUCUGUGGAUGAUCUCUCACAGCAUUUAUGUCGUGUUGGUUAUCAAUUUUAUGAAGAUGUUGCCAACAAUGCGCAUCUCAGCUAUCAUCAAGAUUCCCGUGUGUUGCAGGGCGUUGGGCAGGACCUUGUCGAAAUCUAUACCAAUCUACAACUAGAAUCGGCACGCCUUGUAAUGCAUCGCGUGGUGGCUAUUUGUCAUGAACUUGGAGCCAUGUCUUCCACUACAGAUCCAGCAGCAGCCAUGAUUGAAAACCCGAGCAUAACAACGCUUCAACAUCAGCAUACAACACAACCAAGACCUUCCAUAGCAUCCGUUUAA